AAGGGGGGGGACCCGCUGCCUCACUAGCUCCAGGCUGCUGCAGUGGUGGUGGCGGCGGCAGGAGCGGCCCCCGAGGGCGCCGGCAAGAGGAGGAAAGGGAGGACUUCCGGCCGCGGCCCCCAUCCCACCGUCUCAAGAUGGCAGCCAGUGGCACAGAGGGCAAGGAAAUGAAGGGGCACGAGGAGGAGGCCACGCCCCAGAAACCGGCGGCUGAACCGGUCACUCCUGCCCCGGGGACUGAGCCCGCAAAGAGCCCAGCUCAGGACGCAGCUGUCCCAGAGGCCAAGGGAGCUGGCCCGGACUCCACCGAGCCUUCGAGAACAGGCCCGGAAACCGGGCCGCCCCCAGGAGGGGACACGCAAAUCCCGAAGACCCAGCCGAGGGCCAAGGACCCAGCCGAGAACUCGGGCACCACAAGCACGGACUCCAAACGCGACCCAGAUUUGGGUCCGAGGCUGGAGAAAGCACCGGGAGAGGGCCCAGAUCCCGCCCCGGAAAAAGGCGCAGACCUUAAACCGACACCAGAAGAAGGCCCGGCCCCUAAGCCCAGUCCAGGAGCGGGGUCGGCUCCCAGUCCAACGCCGGGAGCUGAGACGGGCGCAGGAGCGGGCCCGAGUGCCACGGCAGCCCCGGGGGCAGGCUCGAAUGCCACGGCAUCACCAGGAGCAGGCUCGGGUGCCCCAGCAGCAGGCCCGGGUGCCCCAGCAGUCCCAGGAGCCGACACGGGCGCGACAACGGCCCCAGGGGCCGACACAGCCGCCACGACAGCCCCAGGAGCCGAGGCCAAGACGGAGCCGCAGCCCGAUCCCACGUCGGCCCCCCAGCUAGAACCCUGCAUCCCAGCGGGACAGCCUGCCCCGCCGGCCCCAGAGUCCCUAACGGAGGACCGGGAGGAGAAACAAGAGAAUGGGGCGGUUGUCCCGCUGCGGGCCGGCGGGGGGGAUGAGGGGCCGGCCCCCCAGCCCCAUUCCCCUCCUCCAUCCAAGGGAGGCCCUGCCAACGGGGCUCCGCCUCGGGUGCAACAGCUGGUGGAGGAGGAGCGGGGUGGUAGGGGGCACAGCGGGGCCAGUGGGGGGCCAGGCUCCCCCCGGGGCAGCCUGAGUCGUCAACCAAGCUCCCUGCUGGGGGGGCCGGAGGUGGAAGGGGGUGAAGGCAUCCCCAAGCCACGUGACUACAUCAUCAUCGCUUUCCUGUCCUGCUUCUGCCCCACGUGGCCCAUCAAUAUCGUUGCCUUCGUGUAUGCAAUCAUGUCCCGAAACAGCCUGCAGCAGGGCGACGUGGACGGCGCCCGACGGCUGGGCCGGGUGGCCAAGCUCCUGAGCAUCGUGGCGCUGGUCGGCGGGGUCCUCAUCAUCAUCGCCUCCUGCGCCAUCAACUUCGGCCUGUUUAAGUGAGGGGGCCUUACCCAAGCCCCAAGACUUUUUUUUCCUGUCGGAGCUGCCAAGGGAUCAGCCCUCCCCUAGGGGAAGCCCGGUCGGUGGGGCCCCUCACCCCCUGCUCCCACUGGGACCAAAGGAGCCAGAGCAGGGGCCAUGUUUACAGCUUCUCCUGUCUUUCCUAUCCUGCCCCUUUCUCCAUGCCCCUCCACUUUCCUGACCUCACCUCUCCCCCUUUUCCUUUCUCUGCAUUUCUCCCUUUCCUUCUCCCACCCUCUCUCCCUGCCUUAUCCUUUCCCUCAGGG